CUCUUGUCUCUCCGAACUUUUUGACAAAUCUGUUCGGCACAUUUUGUGUAAUUCCGACGCUCAUUUGAGGGGAACCACUUCUAUUCAUCACAUCAGUUUCUCCGUUGCCAACACUCGCCGCAAAAAGACUGCGCGAGGUGGUCACUAUCACCAAAGCACCAAGAGCAAAUGGCGCCACCAGCCCCCCGCUCCCCAGGAGUCCUCUACUGGGCUCCCCGCCUCUCGCUCGGCGCCUUAGCCAUCGCCUUCCUCAUCCACCUCAACCACCCCGCCUCCUCCUUUUCCCUCUUCGGCCCCAACACCAUCCGCAAUUCCGACUCUGCCAUCACAGCAAAGACCUACUGCUACACCUCGGUUCUCACCUCCGCCGGCUCUUCUAGAGAAGCCGACUGCUUCUCCGUUUCCCCCGAUGGCAGGUUUACAAAGGUGUUUCACUCGGCGGAGGAUGUCUUGAUUGUGGGGGAUAAUGAUUAUUUCGAUGAGGAUGGGGGGAACAACAUGGUGGUGGAGACGAAGGCGGGACAUGUUAUCCCGGGCAUCUGGGAUGGCCAUGGACAUCUAGUUCAGUAUGGAGAGUUUUUGCAUUCGGUGGAUCUGUUCGGAGCGAGCAGUGUGGAAAUGGUGAGGGAGAGAGUUAGGGAUUAUUUGCAAGAGAGGGAAAGGGAGGGGAGCAAUGUGGGGAGUAAGGAAAAUUGGGCGAGAGGUGUUGGUUGGGACCAGAUGGUAUUGGGGGAGAUGCCUAGUGCUGCCAUGCUCGAGUCCGACCCAGCUCUCAAGGGCAAAUACAUCAUGCUCGACCGAGUCGACGUGCAUUGUACCUGGGUCUCGCAGGCCAUCUUGGACCUUAUUCCUGCCGAGUCGCUCCCGGAGGAGGUCCCCGGUGGUGAGAUUAUUCGGGAACCGGGCCUAGGAGUCUUCUGCGACAACGCCAUGGACAUCGUCACUUCACUAUGGCCCAAGCCCGACGCCGAGCGCAAGAAGACCUUCCUCAAAACUGCCAUGAAGGAGCUGCACAAGGUCGGGUUGGUCGGCAUGAACGACGCCGGCGUGACGCCGACCGACCUGAAGGUGUAUGAUGAAGCCAGCCGGAACGAAGACUGGUGGACUCUCCGCGUGUACGCCAUGAUUGAGUGCGGCGAGCGCAAUGUCUUCUGCCCGCUCGAGGCCGACUCUGUCAGAACCCAGCACGAAGACGGUAUGCUCACCAUCCGCAGCGUCAAGCUCUUUGCCGACGGUGCCUUGGGAUCCUGGGGCAGCGCCAUGAUCGACCCUUACUCCGACAAACCUUCCACUCGUGGCUCCCUGCUCGUCAACGGCUCAACCCUCGAGUCUCUCGCCCGCUCCUGGUCCAACGCGGGGUACCAAGUCAACAUCCACGCCAUCGGCGACCUGGCCAACCGGUACGCCAUCGACGCCCUCGAAGCCGCCCUCAAAGACGCCUGCAAUCUUCCCGACGGAAAGACACUUAAGGACUGCCAGCAAGCCUCCCACCGCUUCCGCAUCGAACACUCACAAAUUAUCCACCCCACCGACCAAGCCCGCAUCCGUGAUCUAGGCAUCAUCCCCUCCAUCCAGCCCACGCACGCCACCUCGGACAUGGCCUAUGCCGAGUUACGCUUGGGCCCCGAGCGCACCGCCACCGAAGCUUACCGUAUGCGCAGCUUGAUUCACGAACUGGGAGUCCAGCCUGUUUUGGGGUCCGACUUCCCCGUUGAGCCGCCCAACCCGUUUGAGGGCAUGUACGCGGCCGUAACGAGGAAGAACCCGCAUACGGGCAAGGGAGCCGAUGGUGGCGAUAAGGGUUGGUAUACUGAUGAAGCACUCAGUCUUGAGGAGGCGCUUGCAGGCUUUACCAAGGGGGUGGCGGGCGGGAUGUUUACAGAGGGGAAGACGGGUGUUAUUGAAGAGGGCGCAUUUGCGGAUUGGGUAGUGCUUGAUGAGCCGUUGGAAGUAUUGGCCGCGAGGGACAACGGCGAGGGAUUGAGGAAGAUUAAGGUUAGGGAAACGUGGGUUGGUGGUAGGAAGGUGUAUGAUCGGGAGGAGAAGGUGGCGAAGAAAGUAGUGAAUAAUGGGGAGGAAGGGGUGAGGGAGGGUUUAUGAAGGAGAUGUGAAGAAACUGUGAAGGUGAGAGUAAAUAGCAAAGGUUGCAAACAUGGAUGAUGUUAUGUAUGAUGGAUGCUAUGACUGGAUAAUGUACAACGAUGGUUGAUUCUACAUGACAAGAGAUACAAGGGUCGUGUGAACGAG